AAACGACCUAGCAUGUUUGGAGUAUGUUGAACGCGCGCCCAACACAGUAAAGACACCCUUUCCCCGGAACCACUUUUUGCGGUUGUAUGACAGGUUGCUAGGUAGGUAUGUACUGUACAUUUCCCAUCUCUGGUGUGACGACCAAAGACGUGGCCUUUGCAUUUUGGACAAGUGUGUUUUCGGGGGCGGUGCUUCCAUCCUGGAUGGUCGAAGAACGCAGAUGGAAGAUGUCUUUCAAUCUAGGACGCUGUCAGAUGUUCGAAAAACCCAGACCUCACUCUCUCUGUGAUGCUGAAUGAAUACUUUGCUUCACUCGGCGGCUUCGGGAGAGCUACGACCUUGGGUGAUGCGAAACGUGGUCAGGACGAGGGACGGGG